AGGCCAAGCCAAAGAAUCUAUUAAACUCGCGCGACCACAAACCAGGGCCGUCACCCCCAGACCCGAGACCUUACCACAAGGAGAGGAGCAAAGUUUGUCGCUCUGCCCAGGCCUCCAACCCAUUAUCCGCGGGGAAAACGAGAGAAAAGAAGAGAGAACAAUCAUGGCGACCACCACGUCGGGCCUGACGCGGCGCAGGGGCGGAGGGGGAGGCGCCGCCGGUGACGGAGACGCCAACGGCAUCGGCUCGCGCACCAAUUCGUCGCCAAACGUCGUCCGGGACGCCUCGACUGGGCCCGAGACGAGCUACGAGAGCGGCGAGAACGGCCACCGCAUCGCCUUUGACCCGCGCGACAUCAGCGAGAGCGCCGAGCGCAGCAAGCAGCCAAAACUCACCCUCAUGGAGGAGGUGCUGUUGCUUGGAUUGAAGGAUAAGCAGGGCUACCUUUCCUUCUGGAACGACAACAUCUCGUACGCUCUGCGCGGAUGCAUCGUCCUCGAGCUCGCCUUCCGUGGCCGCAUAGCCAUGCAAAAGACGCCCUCGAGGCGGAGCUUUCCGCUGCCCGACCGAAUCAUCGAAGUCAUCGACGACACUCUGACGGGCGAGGUGCUACUGGACGAGGCGCUCAAGAUGAUGAAGACGAGCGAGAAGAUGAGCGUCAGCAGCUGGAUUGAUCUCAUGAGCGGCGAGACAUGGAACCUCAUGAAGAUCGGGUACCAGCUGAAGCAGGUGCGCGAGCGGCUGGCCAAGGGCCUAGUAGACAAGGGCAUCCUGCGGACCGAGAAGCGCAACUUCCUGCUGUUCGACAUGGCGACUCACCCGGUGGUUGACAGCGGCGCCAAGGAGGAGAUACGGCGGCGGGUGCGCAAUGUGCUGACGCAGCGCACCGUGGUGCUCAACAGCUCGCAGUGGCUGCCCGAGGGGCUCGAGUUCCGCUACCUGCGCACCGUGGCCAUGGUCUGCGCCGCCUACGCGGCUAACGUCCUCGAGAACGCGCUGUCGACGCUCGGCCACGAGGCCCGCGAGAAGGCCUUCAACCAGACCGACGAGCUGCUCGCUGAUUAUAGCCAGUGGCCGUUUGGCCGCAAGGCUACGCUCAACGAUAUUGGGGAGAACCUGCCGCAGGUUAUCGCGGAGAUUGCCAAGGCCCCCGAGAAGGAACUCCAGCUCGAAGUCGUCGCCGCCUGUCUCAACGUCUUCACCCGCCUCGACUCCCUCCUCUAGUCGAGGGUGAUUCCGCCCCUUAUCUCCGCCUGACACGUAGCCCGCCCACCUGGUUACAAUUCUGUGACAACCGCCUGCUUGUUGGGCACUAUACCCCCAUUCUGACAAUUUAAACGUACCUCUUGAUUCGGUGGGUGAGGCGCAAUUCAAGAUAUGCUGGGAAGAACUCAACCAGGCGCAACUAGCUAUCUAUCCCCGGACUCAGAACGGACUUUUCGCCGGACGACCCGCUCUUCGUCAACCUGAACUACGCUUCGACCUGAACUAGGAGAGGCCGAGUUGAAUG